UGAUUCAUCUUGCCCGCUCACGGAGCUAGCCAUAUAAUACUAUUACUUACGAUCUCGACGAACUCAUGACAGAAGUGUGUAUGAAAGAAGAGUUGAUGCUAAUAGAAUAUUUCCGAGUUGCUUUUCCUUCUGUGUCAAAUCUAGUCUUCGUGCCAAACCAUUAUAUGAAACCAUCCUUUAUAUGAAAGAACCACAAACUGUUAAUAAGUGUCAGCAACAUGUGCAGGUGCAGUAAGAGAGAGUUAAAAAGCGACUUUUGUAAGAAAAUAUUACAGACAACAGAUGCUAAUUAUCAACGCUUUACUGUGUCUAUGUAUUUUGCUUAUCGUGCUCAUGCGCAAAACCAGCCUUAAUUUCAUGGAGCGAUAAUCUUAUGACAUUUAAUGAAGUCGCUUUAAUUUCCGUGACAAAAAUUUCAUCGUUUUGGCUCUAAAUUCAGAAUUGUUUCCUAAUGUAUAGACAGCUUCCUUUGCUUGGUAAGUUCAAUGUUUAUUUUCUUUUUUUUUUUUUCAAGUUUCCACCGUUCUUUGUAUGUCGAGUAAUUUGACUGAAUUCUGUUCUGUCUUGAUUUGAUCUUUAAUUUUGUUUGAUUUCCUCACAGAAUGACAUUUCUUUACACUAUUCGCAUUAAAAUACCUUUUUCAACAAAUAUUUCUGCCUUAUUCUUGUUAACUUCCUUAAUUUUGGACAAUUUUAUCUUUCUAGUUGCGCUAAUCUAAGUCGCGUUAAUUGAAAAUUCAUCACUUAAGCGGGCAGGAAAGUUAAUUCACUAAUAACAGGUAACUAGGGAAAUUUGGAAAUCUCCAUCAUAAUAAAUGAUUGUGAAUAAAUAAUGAAUUUAGCUUUCAUUUUUGAUCGGCGCUACGCAACACGAUAAAUAACUGUAAAUAAAUAGCUUUUUCCAUGAGCAGAGUUACGUUUUGGUGACGGGAAACUUAAACAAGCCAAAGAAUGUUUAUCUAAGACACAAAUACACCAGGUUGGUAACAACUACAAAUAAGUGAUAAAGUUUGGGCUAGAUUACGAAAGGUAAAUUUGAAAUAUCUAAUCAAAUUACAUCAUCAAAGCGCUUUCGAUUAUUUUGCUUUGAAAGUUUGAAAUUUGUUUCAUAAAUAUUUUCAGGAACUGAAUAACAAAUGUGUGUUAUACAAUGGGAUGCUCUGCCUCGUUUCAUCAUCGUGAUUCUUCAGGAAGUUUACCGGCGUUAACAUCGAAAACUGAUUCUGUCCCAUUAUCUUGCAAGACCAAGGACACUUUAAAAGAGUCUUGGAAACUUGUUGAACCAGUUAAAAACGAAGCAGGAAAAUUGAUGUUUGUAAGGCUUUUUGAGACUCACCCAAAUAUCCAAGACACCUUUCCAACAUUCAAGGGCGUCAGUUUAGACGAACUCAUGAACUCCCGUUCACUGUAUCUUCACGCCAGUCGAGUCAUGGCUGCGGUGGAAAGCACCAUCUCUGCACUGGAUGAUGCUGAGGUGUUGGUAGAGAGUCUCACGAACUUGGGACGAAGACAUCGGCCUUGGUCGAUCAGGGAGGAACAUUUUAAGGUUGUUGGCGAAGCUCUGUUGUGGACAUUACAGGACAUGCUUUUUGAGACUCACCCAAAUAUCCAAGACACCUUUCCAACAUUCAAGGGCGUCAGUUUAGACGAACUCAUGAACUCCCGUUCACUGUAUCUUCACGCCAGUCGAGUCAUGGCUGCGGUGGAAAGCACCAUCUCUGCACUGGAUGAUGCUGAGGUGUUGGUAGAGAGUCUCACGAACUUGGGACGAAGACAUCGGCCUUGGUCGAUCAGGGAGGAACAUUUUAAGGUUGUUGGCGAAGCUCUGUUGUGGACAUUACAGGACAUGCUCAAAUCUCAGUGCACAAGUCAAGUGGCAGAAGCCUGGAAAGAGCUCUUUAGCUUUAUAACCAAAACAAUGCUAUGUGGACUUGGAGAAACAACGGUUUAACAAUUGUUUUAUUAAUAUGAGUAUUUUCUCAUUUUUACACUGUUUCUCUUCACUCAAAAAAUCGAAUGAAAGAUUCUUCGUCGGCUGUGGACAGAUUCGGCCAACGUGUUUACAUCCUCUUUGCCACCCAAUUCAGAUCAUGCGAUGAUUCAUGGAGGUUACGAUUGUUCUGUUUGCACAUAUUCCCAUGCAAUCAGUUGUGUGUGGCAAAUUGCACAAUUGUUACCUCCCAAAGGAGUCGUCACGUGGUCUAAAUUACGUCGCAACAAGGAUGUAAACACGUUAACGGAAUGUUUCUAGGAUGCCGACCAAGGACAGGAACGUGAAUUCGCUGUCCUUAACUUAUCUUCACGUUCACACUUGCAAUAUUCACCUGAAGACCAAAACACAUGAAUUCAUUUAUCACCGCAAUAAGCCAUCUCCACAAGUAUGGUCAACUUCUGCAAAUGCAUAGAAUUGUUUCUAUCCACACGAGUCGGGCAGCCAUUCACGCCUUUCCUCAAUCAAGGACGCGUGGAUAGGACGCGGACAAGGACCCGAAAUGACAUCGAGCAUGCGUAAAUUACUUGAUGUGACGCCAGCGGUCAAAAACGCACGGUGAUAAAUAUCCGUUUAGGAAUUUUCUAAACUCAGCUCAAAAACAACAACAAUCCUUUAUUUUAAUUAUUUAAACACGAUUUUGUUCAAAGCAACAGGUUGGCUUGUGGGGUCGUUUAUCUUGCUAAAGAUUUAAGAAAACAUAAAUAUGUACAGCAGCAAUAAUAAUUAUAUCCAUAUACAUUCACAUUAAUAAAAUUUAAAAUCUGUUACGUUCUUGCUUUGCUUUUUUAUCCAGGUCGCAUUGAAGUCUUCUUCAAUGGUGGAUAGAAACAAUUCUAUGCAUUUGCAGAAGUUGACUAUACUUGUGGAGAUGGCUUAUUGAAGUCUUCUUGGUUAAUAAGAAUGUACUUUCUAACUC